AUGACGACCACCACCACCUUCAAGGGCGUCGACCCCAACAGCAGGAACAGCUCCAGGGUUUUGCGGCCUCCGGGUGGCGGGUCCAACUUCUCCUUAGGCUUCGACGAGCCCACAGAGCAGCCCGUGAGGAAGAACAAAAUGGCCUCCAGCAUCUUUGGGACCCCCGAGGAGAACCCCCCUUCGUGGGCCAAGGCAGCAGAAAACGUGGACGCGGACUUGCAGGCCAGCCUGGGGCAGAGCGAGGAGAAGCCGGUGCCCGCCGCGCCCGUGCCCAGCCCCGUGGCGCCGGCCCCGGUGCCGUCCCGGAGGAACCCACCGGGCGGCAAGUCCAGCCUGGUCCUGGGCUAG